AUGGCUACACCAAACAGUUAUAAACAGAGCCCAUCAAUGUCGAUGCCAAGCCCUCAAAGCAAUCCGCACUACAUGAUUGCGGGGCCCCCCAUGAGUUUCGGUAUGAUGAAAGGCGGUAUGAAUGCACCGCCGCCGCACCAUAACCAAUACCAGUACCACCACCCGCAAUACCAAGGUGGUCCCUCGCUGGGCCACCCGGGGGGGUACGGGGGCUGGGCGCACAGUCCACAGCAACGUUUCGGUGCAGAGGGCGCGCGCCGCGCCGCCGGCGCCGCGGUGGCAGGCACCGCCGCCCAGGCCGCCAAGGACGAUAAGACCAGUCCCUUUGUAUCCACGGUACAUUCACAUCCUGGAUUUCAGCCGCAGAAGAUCGGCAAGGGUGCCGGCGCGGGCGCCGGUCUGCCAAAGCCCCCAAAGCCGCCAGAAAAGCCUUUAAUGCCCUACAUGAGGUACUCCCGCCGCGUAUGGGAUACUGUAAAAGCGGCUCAUCCCGAUCUAAAGCUAUGGGAGAUAGGCAGAAUUAUUGGGGGCAUGUGGCGAGACCUGCCAGAGACUGAGAAGGCUGGAUAUGUUGAUGAGUAUGAAGCCGAGAAGGCGCAGUACACAGAAAUGUUGAAAGCUUACCAAUCCUCGCCCGCCUACUUACAGUGGCUGGCUCACAAGUCUAGAGUAGGUAAUCUUGAGGAGGAGACCUCCAGCAAGAAGGGCAGUUCACAGAAAGAACAACAGCAACAAGACAGAAGAAUUGAUAUACAACCUGCUGAGGAUGAAGAAGAUCAAGAUGAAGGCCUCUCAGUGAAGCACGUGGCGUACGCCCGGUACCUCCGCAACCACCGACUGAUCAACGAGAUAUUCUCUGAUACUGUCGUACCUGACGUACGAUCCGUCGUCACGACCGCAAGGAUGCAGAUCUUGAAGAAACAAGUGCAGUCCCUGACGAUGCACCAGAAGAAGCUGGAGGAUGAAUUGCAGCAGAUCGAAGAAAAAUUUGAAGCCAAGAAGCGCAAGUUUAUUGAGAGCAGUGAAGCAUUCCAGGAGGAACUUAAGAAGCACUGCAAGCCAGCGGUAGACGAGGAUACAUUCUCCCGUAUGGUGGAGCGAGCGAUAGAACAGAUGAAACGCGGCAUCACUUCCACCACGCAGCCACUCGCUCCGCUCAAUGCUGUGCCUCAAGAGAGGAAGGAUGAGCCCAUGGACCAGGACCAGCCUCAAGUAAAACCAGAAACGAACGGCCCCAACCUGCCAACACAGGUGGACAAGGUGUCCACCACUGAAGUAAAGCCGGAGAGUGUCACCACAGAGCUGAAGAACGAGUCAGAAGCUAAGGAGAAGGAACCAGAGGAACCAGCUAGUAAUGGACCGGAGAGUGAAGGUGAACGUAAAGAAGACAAACCUGCACCUAAGCUAGAUAACAAGGAGGCUGCGCCCCCUGGUGUCCCCGUUGGCCCCGGAGCCCCCGUAGCCCCCGGUGCUCCUGUACCACCUGGAGCCCCCGGAGCCCCGGGCGCUCCGCCUGCACAGCAACCUGGACACCCACCACACAUCACGUCUCCACCGCAUCAUCCUAUGAUGAUGCCACCGAACCCUAACGCGCCUGCCCACCCUGGACCACCUCCUCACGGCGGACCACCACCACCUCCAGGCGCAUAUGGUGGAGCCUACGGCGGACGUUACUACGGAGGUUACGCCGGCGCGUUCGGGGGAGCGUACGGCCACGGCGCGUACUACGGGGGCGCGGCCCCGGCGGCGCACGGCCCGCCGCCCGACCACUACGCGCCGCACCACGCCAUGCACCACCACGCUCAGCCACACCACCCACAUGACGCCAAACAGGAAGAACCACAAGCAAAAAAAGAAGGUGAAUGA